AUGCAUUACAGCCUUGUCCUUAGCUCUCUCCUUGCACUUGCAAGUGCGCUUCCUGUGUCGGAUCCGAUUACUAUCUUCAACCGAGCUCCGACACCUGGGACCGUCUACACAAGAUGCAGCACACCGAACACUCUAGCUCUGGCAUAUGAUGAUGGCCCGUAUCAAUAUACCCAGAGCCUGGUGAAUAAGCUGAACCAGGCCGGAGCCAAAGGGACUUUUUUCUUCACUGGGACGCUUUACGGGUGCAUCUACAACCAGGCAGCGGCAGUCAAGUCGGCUUACGAGGGCGGACAUCAAGUGGCCUCGCACACCUGGACGCACGGCCACGUCGGCUCCAUGUCAUCAUCGCAGCUCACCACGGAGAUGACCAAGCUGGAGCAGGCCUUUGUCAACAUCUUCGGCAGGAAGCCCAGGUACAUGCGGCCCCCGUACCUCGAGACCAGCGGCAGCGUCUCCUCCGUGAUGAGGACCCUCGGCUACAAUAUCAUCACCAAUGACAUCGACACCGGCGACUGGAAUGGCCAGUCAGCCGCCCAGAGCCAGGCCAAGUUCACGGCCGCUGGUGCCGGCGGGAACGGGCACAUCCCGCUGAUGCAUGAGACGUAUUCCUCGACUGCCAAUGAGCUCACCACGUGGCUUAUCAACUGGGCGAAGACCAACAAUCUGAAGAUUGUCACCGUCGCUGAGUGUCUUGGAGAUGCCGGCGGUGAAUACCAGCCUGGGAACUUUACCGGCAAUGGGCAAAACGCAUGCUAG